UGGAUCAUCAAGAGCCACCAACCACCAAAAUCAAAACUCAACAGAAACAAACAAAACAACCAAAACCUGUAAACUACGUUACAAGAGAAAAAACAUACACAAUAACACACACACACACCCUGUGUUUUGUGUCUUGGAGAUGGCAAUGGCAAUGGCGCUUCUUCGCAGGCUUUCUUCUUCCAUGGACAAGCCUUUACGUCCUCUCUUCAGUGCAGGCACCACUGUUUACUACAAGUCCUCUUUACCUGAUGAAGCUGUUUACGACAAAGAAAAAUCCCGAGUUUCGUGGCCAAAGCAAUUGAAUGCUUCACUUGAGGAAGUUGAUCCUGAGAUUGCUGAUAUAAUUGAGCUAGAGAAAGCUAGACAAUGGAAGGGGCUGGAACUCAUACCCUCAGAAAAUUUCACCUCUGUCUCUGUGAUGGAAGCUGUAGGGUCUAUCAUGACAAACAAAUACAGUGAGGGAUAUCCUGGUGCCAGAUACUAUGGUGGAAAUGAGUAUAUUGACAUGGCUGAAACACUAUGCCAGAAGCGUGCCUUGGAAGCGUUCCGGUUGGAUCCGGCAAAAUGGGGAGUAAAUGUGCAACCUCUGUCUGGUUCACCUGCAAAUUUUCAUGUGUAUACCGCAUUGCUGAAACCUCAUGAGCGAAUCAUGGCGCUUGACCUUCCUCAUGGAGGGCAUCUUUCUCAUGGAUACCAGACUGAUACCAAAAAGAUUUCUGCAGUCUCUAUAUUUUUUGAGACAAUGCCAUACAGACUGAAUGAAAGCACAGGAUAUAUCGAUUAUGACCAGUUGGAGGCAACGGCUACACUUUUCAGGCCAAAACUAAUAGUUGCUGGAGCAAGUGCUUAUGCACGUCUGUAUGAUUAUGCACGCAUCCGCAAGGUGUGUGAUAAACACAAGGCUGUGAUGCUGGCAGAUAUGGCACACAUCAGUGGAUUGGUUGCAGCUGGUGUUAUCCCAUCCCCUUUUGAUUAUGCAGAUAUAGUGACCACCACAACUCACAAGUCGCUUCGUGGCCCACGUGGAGCUAUGAUCUUCUUCAGGAAGGGGGUGAAGGAAAUUAACAAACAAGGAAAAGAGGUGUUGUAUGAUUAUGAGGACAAAAUCAACCAAGCAGUGUUCCCUGGACUGCAAGGUGGUCCCCACAACCACACUAUUACUGGUUUAGCUGUUGCACUGAAGCAGGCUACAACAUCAGAGUACAAAGCAUAUCAAGAACAGGUUCUCAGUAAUUGCUCAAAAUUUGCACAGGCUCUGAGUGUGAGGGGCUAUGAGCUUGUUUCUGGUGGAACUGAGAAUCAUCUAGUUUUGGUGAAUCUGAAGAACAAGGGUAUUGAUGGCUCCAGAGUUGAGAAGGUGUUGGAAGCAGUGCACAUUGCAGCCAACAAAAACACAGUUCCUGGAGAUGUGUCUGCCAUGGUUCCUGGUGGCAUCAGGAUGGGAACUCCUGCUCUCACUUCUAGGGGAUUUGUUGAGGAGGAUUUUGUCAAGGUAGCAGAAUUUUUCGAUGCAGCAGUAAAUUUGGCUGUGAAGAUAAAGGCAGAGAGCAAAGGAACAAAGCUGAAGGAUUUCUUAGCCACAAUUCAGUCGUCUACUUACUUCCAAACAGAGAUUGCGAAGCUCCGUCACGACGUGGAGGAAUACGCGAAACAAUUCCCAACCAUUGGUUUCGAUAAAGCAACCAUGAAGUACAAGAACUGAGAGAAAGAGAAAGAGAACAAAUUUUUCAUCAUGCAAAAAAAAAACAUAUAUGUUGAUGAUGCUAUGAAUAUGAACGUAGAAAAAAACCUGAUCGAUAUUGAUACUUUCUCGAAAAAAAUGUAUAGAUUAUUGUUAUUAUUAUGCAAUAAAAGGCUUAAACAAUCAAAUUUUAA